AUGCGCGACCCCAUCGAGAUGAAGGGUUUCCGCCCAGCGACAACUUCGCCCACCAGUGUCUUGUCGCGCUCUGACGCCGUUGCCUCCCAGUCUCCAGCAAAGGCCUUAUUCGAAAAUCUAUCAAAGAUGACGACUCGGUUUGGAGAGUCAAACGAUAAAAACCAUCCCAUGGGUCGCGAUGAGGACGCCGCCAGCAAGGCGCGCGGCCUUGGCGCCAAUGUCACUCUUCUCCGUCCGGAGCUCGUCCAGCCUUUCAACACCGAAGAAUUUCAAGGAACGGAAUUCUGCUUCGCUCCGGUCCUGCAAUAUCCAUUUCAAAAGAAGCCACGAACCAUCCGAAAGCCGGCGGUCAGGGCGGCAGCCCGCGAGACGCUGAGACGGAGGCAAGAAGCGGUGAAGUUGAGGGAGGAAAGUCACGACACGACCGAACUGCAAAAUGCGUUCGAGGAGUACCAGAAGACGGCGUGCCUGCCAUCAGAGCAGUCGCCGCGAAAGAAGCUCAUGAGUCAGGCGCCGGACGCGCAAGAUUUGGUGGAUGGCGAGUUUGAUGAAGAAUGGGAAGUCGCGCAGCAACAUGGCGAUUUCGGGAUAAGCUGGGCAAAGGGUUUGUGGGCCCAAGACUCGAUAUGGCUCAACCUAGCUGACCUCCUCCAAGCCGAUAUUCGAAACCAUUUGCUGAACACCAGCGCCCCAGAAGCCCGACGAAAGCCUUCCAACACCGAAUUUGGUCCUGCCCCAGUGGUGAAGCGACGAGCAGACGGCUCGGCGCGGGCCAACUGGAUCCGACAGAAACAGGUUGAUCCGGACGUCAGAUAUCUCCUCAAGUUUCCAGGCGGUGAGAUGGCCGCUCAGAAGGCGUACAGCCUGCUUGGACGGAAAGAUAUGCUGCCGUUCGAAACCCUUGAGGAAGCUUCGAACGACAGCAUUGUCAUGCCAGAAGAUCCUCCUUCGACCGCGACCCACACCUCGGAAGAGAACCGCUUGGCCAGAUUGGAAGCCGCGAAGGCGCAGUUGCCUGAAGCCGCAGGGCUUCAGAAGAAUGGUCACACCAGUGACGAAGAUGAAGUCCGCGAUGAAGAGCAAGUCUCGGAUGACGUAACCCUACCACCUUGUGAAGCAACAGGCGAUGGGCAAACGGACGACAAGUCCGUGCAAGAUGAUGGUGCCGUAGCUAAUACUGGAAUGCUUGGCAUUGACGACGCACACCGAGUCCGCACGUUCGAGGCCCCUUCCUCCUUCUUGGACACCAGUAUGCUCAGCUCCGCUGGCCACGACUCUCCAGCGCAGCCAAGCACGCCUCAGGCUCUGGCACUACCUGGGCAGCCGGUUCUCGAUAUUGACUUGAACAAGAAUCCCGACAUUUUCGCCUCGGCCCUGUUGCAGAACCGAACCUCCACGCUGUCGUCAUCCGCCGUGUCGCACCUCAGCUUCACCACGCCGCAGCCAUCAUCUCCGCCUCCAAGUAUGAAAUCGCAGCUACGCGGGAUAGAUAACGAUAGUCGUUGGUCCCCACUGGCGCACUCCCCCACACCACUAUCGCCCACUCCCUUCAUCACUGCUGGUGAUUCGGAUCAGCUUGCCCACAACAUUGGGUUGGAAAAGAAUGAAGCAACACGCAAAUCCCACAGAAACUCCUCCCCUAUCGAAGCUCUUGCAAGCCUUAUCAAUCCUAUCCAAGACAUGGCCGAUACUCGUGUUGUUCUGGGUCAAAAUGAAGGCCGGUUUUUCAUCCGGUUUAAGCUGCCAGAUGAACAUGCCGAAACCUUCUUGGAGCAAGUCGACCAUGUUCAAGUUGAUACAUACAUGAAACAAGAGGACGAGGCUGUCGAAUGGGAAACAGAACCCGCUGCUACUGUCCAGGAGCUUGAGGAGAAGGCUACCGGCGAAGUUGUGAAGGUCGUGUCCGAAGAUGAUCCUCGUGAUCUUCUCAGACAGUUCGUUACAAAGCAUCAGGCUGGUAAGGCCAGACCCUCGGCUGCCAUCUUCUCUGCCGAUACCGAAUCGCCCGCCGCCGAACGCGUUAUGGGUAAGCCCGACGCGGUCGUACCAACCGCGCCGAUUCUGGUAGCCGAGAGUCCCCGAACGCCAGAGUCAGGGUUCAACCGUGCUUCGAUGCGUAUUAAAACGCCUACCUUAAACAUGGGAUCCGACCAGCCUGCUCCUGAGACUCCUACCAGGAACAGUUCGGCCAAGAAGUCCAAGCGAACGCCCCUUGGCAAGCUGGACGCUAAUAGCCCCAGUCCUGUCAAGCCAAAGGCUGGCAAAAGGAAGAUGGACGAGGACGGCGACGACGAUGAGCAAAAAGAUCUGGAGAAGACGCCAGAGCCGUCCCCGAAGCGCAGACGCGGCCUUCGUUCGAGGAAGCCAGCUACCCCAGGACCUGACGCAGCUCCCGUCAACUCGCGUCUGGUCCGGAACGCUGAGAAAGACCUUGCUUCAGUGACGCGAGCUAAUACCCGCGCCAACAAGAGCGGUGCUCUCUAUCCGGCCGACGUCCUUGCCCAGUUUGCCGAGGACCCCCUGGGUCAACAGUGGAAGGAGAGGAAAGCGGUAGUAGACGCACGAGCGUCCCGAGCGGUAAAGGUUGGCGCUAAGAGCGUUCACUGGCCGGCGGCUCUGGCUUCAUACCAGACCUUCACGUCUGACGAUGGCGUGGAUGUUGCUGCCACUUUAGCUGCUGCGCCUGUUCCCGCCCCGGAGCCCGAGCCAGAGUUCCAGGAGCUCAUAGAAAGACAGUCGAAGAAGAACCGAGCCGUUAAAUCCAAGUUGCCGGCGCCCGUUGGUCGUCCGCGUCGCGUUGCCGCUCCAGUUGCGCCAGCAACCCCCAGGCCUGCCACACCUAGAGCUCCCUCCACCAAGAGACCUGCUGCCAAUGCACCGGAGGCGGACGAGGACGCGAUCGUCGGGAAGAGGCCAACGAGAGCUGCAGCCCAAAAGACCAACAUCAGGAUGGGCCUCACAGCAACCGGUACGCCUGUACGCCGCCGUCCUACGCGAUCAACGAGCACGUAG